AUGGAUGUUGGAGCAGCUCAAGUGUUAGCAAUGGGCCAGCCUGCUGGGGCUGAAAUUGAUAUCAAAUACGCCAUCACUGGGAUUGCUGUGGGCUUCGCCAUAUCGGCCAGCUUCCUGGCCCUGAAGAUCCGCACGAUCAGGAAGCCCUUGUUUGAUAAUGAUUCCUCCGAAGAGAGAAGCACUAACGUGGGCUUCAAUGGUAAGGAAAUGAUGCUCAGCUGCAUCUCUGCCUUUGCCUGAGGCAAGACCU